AUGCCUGGAUUAUACCAUCUUGUGAGACUGAACAAUAGAUGGUUCAGAUUGGAUGAGCCCCUCGUCAGUGCAUUUGUCGAGCGAUGGCGACCGGAGACGCACACGUUCCAUAUGCCGUUCGGCGAGUGCACGAUCACACUACAGGACGUGGCGUACCAGUUGGGGUUGCCCGUCGAUGGAUGCUACAUCAGUGGUUGCCUGACGGAUUUCCACCUAUACAUCCAGGGUGGCCGUCCAGCCUGGGAGUGGUUCCAGGAGUUGCUUGGUGUGUUACCUCCUGCGAACCAAAUUCAGAAGUUUGCAGUGAAUUGCACCUGGUUCCAGGAGACUUUUGGAGAGUGCCCCGUGGGAGCUGACGAGGAGAUAGUGAGGCACUAUGCUCGUGCCUAUAUCAUGAUGCUGUUGGGCACUCAGCUAUUUGCCGACAAGUCUGGCAACUGUAUUCACAUCAGAUGGCUACCUUAUGUGGCUAGGCUUGAGGAGAUGGGUUGCUACAGCUGGUCGGCAGCACUAGCGUGGUCAGGUCAUAAUCCUUCCAGUAGCGAGAAGGGACCUCGAGUGCAGAUGUGGAGGCUGAGGAUAGACCUGUUACAGGCCAAGGAUUUUAUCUGCAUGCCGUAUAGCUCUCCCGACGUACUUCAGGUUGUGCAUCCGGAGGUGUUGGAGCCUCGUCAUACGAUAUUAUGGCGGUGUGUGACGGCAUUGAUAUAUUUUACCAUCAUAGAGUGGCAUCAGAUUGAUAGGGUGUUACCUCAGUUCGGCGGAGUACAUCCCCGCCCCCAGCCCGCCCUGAACAUCGACUUCCUGAUGUCGAAGGAUGGUAGAGGCGGUGAUCAUUGA